AUGCCGCCGCUCCCUCGGCGCCGCCCGCAGCCCCGGCCCGUGGGGCGCCGCCUGGCGGACACGGAGCGGCGGCGCGAGCGCAGCGCCCCCCGGCGGCAGCAGCGCGCUCCGGUGCGGUCUCGGCCCCGCAGCGCCCCGGGGAUGCGGAGCCCCCCCCCGCCCCGGAGCCCCGAGGGCACCGCACCCCCCUGGGCAGAGCAGCGUCCUCCUACUCCUCUCCCGUGCCCGAACCCCCGUGGGCUCCCGCCCGCCGCGCCCCCGCCGAACGAAGGGAGCUGGAUCGCCGCGGGCGGGAGGAGCCGCUCCGGGGCAGGCGCUGGGGCCGAGUCCGGACUGCGCCCGGUGCGGGACCCGGGGCCCCGCCGGGGCUCGGUCCUGCUCCAGCCGCUCAUCCGCCACCUGCUGGGAUUUACUCAACAGCUGUAAAGGUGCUCAUUCCAUGUCCCUUUCCAAGGAGAAAUGAGCAAGACAAGUCCUGAGGGUUCACUUGGUCCACAGCCAGAGCUCUUCUGGAGAGUGUCAGGGCUGGUCCCACCUGCAGAGGGGCGUUUCCUGGAGGUGAGUGUUCACAGCCCCAAAUCACUGCAGGUGCUGAGGCUGGGACCACUUUUCUGGCCCAGAGCUGCAGGGAGCCCUUGGUGACUCCCACUCACUGCCAGGAAUGUUCCUUGGUGUUUCCUCAGUGUGUCCCAGCUGGCUGGGAAUGUGGGGCAGGAGGAGGCCAGGAGCCCCAGGAAGGGAACCAGCACCUCCUGUCCUCAGUAUUUGCAGGGGAGCAGCUGUGCCUCAGUGUCCUGCCCGUGGCAGGCAGUGUGCCACCCACACAUCCUGGGGAUGGGCACUGGGAUGCCUGGGCAGUGCUGGGAUGGACGUGGAUAAAGGGCUGCCUGCGGCUUCUCAGCCAGGGGCUGCUCUGAACAGGCACCUGGAGAUGCUUCAGCCCAGACAGACCCAGCCCACAGCCCAGAAUUACCCAAGGAACAGCUGGAACAGCUGGCGUUGCCUGGGAAUGUCGGCACGGUGCGUUUGCGGAGGGGCUCAGGCAGCAAUUCCCGGUGCCGACCUCCCGGAGCUCCCGCAUAUCCCCAGGCUGUCCCAGCCCCCCAAACCCCUUCCCUUCCAGCCUGGGGACAUCAUCCCUCAGUUAAAGCGUU